UUUGAACGCAGGACACGGAGUGGAUCAUACACACUCACACACACAUACACACUUGGACACACGGGAGUACCAGCGCGCGGAGCGGGACGGACGGACAGAGGGGGAGAACUGCACCUGUCCCACACACACACACACUCCUCAGACACACUCAUAGAGAGGAUCCGACCGGUCGUCCCUAUGUGUGGAUGGGACCAAAGUUACACGGCGACCUCUCAUAGCUCGGCCAUGUUGACCAGUGAGGGGGCGCACACCAUGGAGCAGGACGACACACACCAUGGAGCCAAGAUGGCCUCCACCGCCACCAGCGGCGGCUCAGACAGAGCCGAGACGACAACAGGCACGGAUGUGGACAUGGAGACGGCGGUGGACGUGGAGGAGGCAGACAUGACCCGGUGGACGGAGGCUGAGUUCGAGGAGAAGUGCACGUACAUCGUCAAAGACACGGCGUGGGAGGCGGGGCCAGACAGUGACAUCAUGACGACAACCAGAGCUGAGGCGUCGCUGCCCCGGAACCUGGCGUUCAAACACCCGGCUGACAGCAAAGAGGUGGUCGGCGUGUGCAGCAGGGAGUACAUCCCCAAAGGAACUCGCUUUGGUCCCCUGGUGGGUGAGAUCUACACGGCCGACAGCGUCCCCAAAGAUGCCAACCGCAAGUACUUUUGGAGAAUCUACGAAGGCAGGGAGUUCCAUCACUUCGUCGACGGCCUGGACGAGACUCGCUCUAAUUGGAUGCGGUACGUGAACCCGGCACACUCGGUGGCGGAGCAGAACUUGGCAGCAUGUCAGAACGGCAUGGAAAUUUACUUCUACACGGUGAAGCCCGUCCCAGCCGGCGCUGAGCUGCUUGUCUGGUAUUGCCACGACUUCGCCCGACGUCUCCACUACCCGCCGUCCGGAGAGCUGAUGAUGCAGAAACUCAAGAAGUCCCUCCUGGAGGUGAAGCAGCAGCAGGUGAGCAGCGAGGAGGUCGAUGCCUCCAGUCCGUCCCCGGUCGCAGUGACCCCCACCCCGCCCAGGAGGGAACACAGCGUCCUGUCCAUUCUGCGCGGGACCAACAGCACCUCCUCCUCCUCCUCGGUAAAGACGGAGCCCAGCCGGCCGCUUCCCACCCGCCCACGCUGCGCCGACAGUCCUGAGCGCCCCCUGUACCCUCGUGCCCUCUACCCGGCUCUCCGGCCCCACCCCCACAUCCCUGAAGACUUCCUCGGCCACAAACCUCUCGGUUACCCCACAACUCGUUCCCCUGGCAACCAGUCUUCAGCCACGCCCAGCCCAUCGGCGAGGAGCAGCCCGGACAGCAGCCCUCAGGGGAGCCCCCCAGCUUCCUUUUACCCGGCCGGACUGGGUUCUUACCCCGGUUACUCCCCACCGCCGACCCCCCCCCCCUCCUCCUUCUACCCUCCAGGAGCUUCUUACUCACGAUACCUCCUGCCCCAUCACUACCCUCUGCCCGGCGGCGGCGUCCCCACUGUGGGAGGAAUCUUCCCCAGGAUGUACCCCCUCUACAGCAGCCUGCUGCCCCCUCACGUGCCCCUCUUGCCCUCCGACACAGCAGGGAGGCGUUUUCUGAUGCCUGACCACGUCCAGCCCGCCUCCAUCUCUGCCCACAGAGACUUCCUCCUCCCCAGACCCACCAGCGCCUUCACAGCCGCCACGUCUCUAAAGGAAAAAUCAGGGCCGCACCACCCUUACCCCGGGCACCCACACAGACCUGCCCCCUCCAGCGGCUCCCCAACAGCAGGUACAGCACCCCCCAAUGAGCGUGUGCCCACCAAGCCUACCUCAGCCAUGCUUGGCAACACCAGCGAGCAUUGCUCCGACGAGGAGGCCAUGAACCUGACCAAGGUGAAGCGUGGCCCGGGCUCGGCAGGCUACAAGGCGCUGCCAUACCCGCUGAAGAAGCAGAACGGCAAAAUCAAGUACGAGUGCAACGUGUGCAGCAAGACCUUCGGACAGCUGUCGAACCUGAAGGUCCAUCUCCGUGUCCACAGUGGAGAGAGACCCUUCAAAUGCCAGACGUGUAACAAAGGCUUCACUCAGCUGGCUCACCUGCAGAAGCACUUCCUGGUCCACACCGGCGAGAAGCCUCAUGAGUGCCAGGUUUGUCAUAAGCGCUUCAGCAGCACCAGCAACCUGAAAACUCACCUGCGCCUCCACUCAGGUGAAAAGCCGUACCACUGCAAACUCUGCCCAGCCAAGUUCACCCAGUUUGUCCACCUCAAGCUCCACAAGCGCCUGCACUCCCGCGAACGUCCACACAAAUGCCCCCACUGCCACCGCCACUACAUCCACCUGUGCAGCCUGCGGCUCCACCUGAAGGGCUACUGCCCUGCUGUGUCCAGCCAGGCAGCCCUGGACGACGUGCACCGCGCCAAUGAGGAGAUCGAGCGCUUUGACAUCAGCGAGCACGCCGAGCGGUUGGAGCAGCUGCAGGGCGGGGUGGAGGUGGAGGCCAUGCUGGAGAAGCAGGUUUUGGGGAUGCUGUGGAGAGAGGCCGACCUCAAGUCCUCCCAUUUUCAUCCUCACCACAAGGGCGGUGCCAGCGAGCUUCUGUCCGCAGGUUAUGGUGCGUACGAGUCCCCGAAUGAGACGUCAGUCAUCAAGAUGCGGCACAGCAGCCCCAUCCCGCCACUUCCUGCCAACGUCACCGUCAAGCAGGAGUCAGAGGAUCACGCAUGAGUGACCUCUAAGGACAUAGAGUCAGGACUGCGCCACUCAGCUGUAAAUAAGAAAUUCUUCUUCCUGGCUGUCGUUACGAGUGACAUCGUGAUUUCACCAGGUUUAUCAGGGACUCGCGAACUCAGGGCUCAAGAGACACUGUCCCAUGACUACUUAGUGGUUUUAUUAUACUUAGAGACAAUCAUCUACCCAGGAUUUACCUUUAAUGUAAUUAUUAUAAUGCUAUUAUCAUUAUUGUCAAUGUAUUAUUUGGUCUCUAUUUUCAAAUGUCUUUGUUUUGUUUUUUUGAUCAAUUAGUUGUUAUAUAACCUCCUUAAUUUAUUAUUCUUUUUAUUUGUUGUCUUCAGAAGCAAUAAGUGGAAUGGAUGGUUACACUGACGGGGGGGAAAUCAAUGUUUUGUUUUUCUCUGUGGCCAUUUCUCUGUAGAUAGUCACUCUGUCUGCCGAUAUCCGUCCGUCACUGCGACCUCUGACCUUUACAACCAGGGGCGUCCGCUCUUCAGGGUUUUAUCUAUUUAAUUUUGAAACCAAUAUAGUAGGUUCAAAAAGGGUUUGAAUAACUUGCCAAAGUGCGGCACAUAAAUUUAUUAAUUUAGCAGCUUUUUUUCUGUGCGAUCGCUUCCCGAACGUUCGUCUGUGUCCUUUCACUUAAUUUAAUUUGAAACAAAAAAGGGCAUUUUUUUUUUUUUUUGUAUAUUUUUCACAACGGUUACCUCAGUGUGCAUGUGGCGAUGCGAGUGUGUGAGUGUGAGUGUGUGUGUGUGUGUGUGUGUUUAAAGGGACAGCUAAAGGUGGGAGCUUUCUAUUUAUUUAUGCUACUUGAAGAAGAAGAAGAAGAAGAAACCAAACUGAACUGGAGUGCAGCUCUUCGUGUGGUCCAAAGGAGCGGCGCCGCCCGCUUGACAUGUAGCACAUAAUGGACUCGGGAGGCCGGCCUGCUGCCCCCUCCCCCUUCGUCCCUCCUUUUGUUUUUAUUUUUCUACAACACUGUCAAUACCCUAAAGGGAACGUGAAUCUCCUCUGAUUUCAGGAUUCACACUUGACGCUAGAAACCAAAGUUCACUUGGCUUUAAUUUCAAAUGCACACCAAAAAAAAAAAAAAAAAAACAGGAGAAAAAGAAACCAAGGGAAGAAGGACUCGAGGAAUCAAAUCGCUGAAGAAGGGAAGACGUAUUGUGUGUAUUUGAUGAAGUGUUCACUCUUUCGCUGUUUUGUAGAUGUUUUUUUUUUGUUGUUGUUUGUUAAUAUUUUUGGUUGAGAAGCCCCUUUUUUAACCCCACCCGUCCGCCACCUUGUUGAACUGGCAUACACCAAAGCACCUCGGCCUUCUUUUAUGCACUGGCCCCCUCCUCCAACUUUAUAACUUCAGUGCCGAUGCUUGCACCAUUUACACUGUGGACAAUAUCACUGAAACUGGUCAGAAUGGCAUUAAGAUUCAGCUUAAUGUCACUAUAGCAACUGUGACUUUUGCAGCAGUUGUACAUCAACAAUCUCUGUUUCUCUCUGUUUCUUCUCUGUUUCGUGUCUUUCUGUCUUACUAAUGUUUGACCAAAGCGUCUCUCUCUCUGAUCAGAGCUUUAACUCCAGAGGAGGAUCCCCCUAAAGGACUGUCUCUGUUUACAUUCUGGUUUACAUUGUUAUUUAUGUGCAAAAUUGUCAAAAAGUGUAAAUUAUGAUAUAAAUGUUCACUGCUCUAAUCUAAA